AUGACAUCAGGAGUGAUUUCGGACUCCAGUCGCUCUAUUCCCUGCAGAGUUUUGCAUCGAAGCGGCGUGAUCAGACAUAAGCCGAAGGUAUACCAGGGUGUCCGAGUGAAGACAACGGUGAAAGAGUUACUUCAACAGCGAAGGGCGCUUCAAGCGGCAACAAAAGCAGCCACGAAUCACAACGCGCAGUAUCCAGAAGCAUGUUCCACAUCCUUUCCUGCCCCUUAUUUUGACUAUAGCCCAGCAAGCUCGGUGGCUGAAAACAACCAUUUCCAAUUUAGACAGUACACGGACAACAUUUGCUACGACCAGAUGAUACCCAGUGCUUAUGAAAAUCAACAGCUUAUUGACAUGAUUCUUCAGAGUGACAAUUUCACCAGUAACGUCCUGCCACCGGCUUCCUCUACCCAGCACGCCCCUUCUGGGACCUUUCAUCCAGGAUCUGACCUUUACAGUCUGGGAAUGGCUCCAAGCUCUCCGUGUGAUUCGUCCAAUCUCCCGAGCCCAGUUGAUUACAGCGGCUACUCGCCACCUCAGUGUUAUUCCUCGUCUUCGUCAUGUUACAGCUCUCCCACUCGCAUGGACUCUGUAUACAGCUCUAUCCCGGAAGAUCAUCAUUACCAGCACUGCAGCCUUCAGUACUGCUACUGUUUGUCGCAUUUUUCUGGUUCCUAUGACAACACGAGAAAUCCCGAAUACGUUCCCUACCCUCCCUCAGACUGCCUGUAUCCUUCAACCGUGACAGAGGAGAACUAUAUCAGAAGGGAUUUAGCCAGCCUGGAUAUGUGUUACCUUUAAAAGUAUUCUUGGCAUGUAAAUAUGCUUCGCCUUUGCCAAGUGUUCUUUUCGGAAUACCAGUGUUUGUGCGGUGUUCUGCGAAAUGAAAGACCCUCUUAGAUCUGUGUGCACUAAGUACCCUCCACCUGUACCUGGAGAGAAUGAAUGUGGAAUGCAAGGGAAAUGUCGUGGAAUGGAGUGAAUUGUAUUGCGGUCUGUGAAGAAGGUGACUUGUUUUCUUAAAAUGCAAAUCACAAUUCUAUAUAUUUUCAGGUUCGAACAAAUUUUAAAUAUCUUUUUUUAAUGAAUAA